GUGACAUCGUCCUUUCUGUCUGACAACCUUACUCGUCGCCCACCAUAGCUGAAUAUCUACCGAUGUGCAUUUAAUCUACUUUCGGCUUACUUGAACUUCGGAUCAUGUCUGCCCUCCUUCAAUUCCACAAAACUAUUCUUUCCGACAUUCAUGACCCGACGACGAAUGACUUGACUAUCAUGGCCCGCGGACUCGGACUCCGCCGGAUCCUGUGCACCCUGAUGAAGAUAUACAACAGUCCUGGGACUCUGAUUCUCCUGGUGAAUGCCUCGCCGGAGGAGGAGGCUGAGAUCGGAGAGGAGCUGGGGAUCAUGGGAUGCCGCAACCCAGGAUUGAGAGUCAUUGAUCACGAAACUCCACACAGGGAUCGAAAGGCUCUGUAUCUGGCCGGGGGCCUGUUCUCCAUUACCUCGCGCAUUCUCACCGUCGACAUGCUCCAAGACGACUUGCCUACCGCAAGCGUCACGGGGAUGUUGGUUCUGCAUGCGGAACGGGUGACCCCAACUGCUCUUGAAGCCUUCGUUGUGCGACUGUAUCGCGAAAAGAACACAACUGGGUUUCUCAAGGCGUUCUCUGACGAGCCGGAGCAUAUCACGGUUGGAUUACAACCGCUGAAGAACAUCAUGAAGGAGCUACAGCUGCGUACGGUGCACCUGUAUCCGAGAUUCCACGAAUCCGUCAAAGAAUCACUUGAGCGUCGGAGAGCAGAUGUCGUGGAACUUUCGCAAGAUCUUUCCGAGUCGAUGGGCGACAUUCACCAUGCACUGAUCCAAUGUAUGACUGCGACAUUGGCAGAGUUGAAACGUUCGCACUCGACGCUCGAUCUGGACGACUUGACUGUUGAGAACGCCUACUUUCGCUCGUUUGACCUAAUUGCGCGACGACAGCUUGAUCCAAUGUGGCAUAAAGUGGGGCCGAAGACAAAGCAGCUGGUCUCGGACCUUGGGAUUCUUCGAAGAUUAUUGGGAUAUCUACUCUCAUAUGAUGUUUUCCAGUUUCACGCGUACCUGGAAACUCUGCUCGCCACGAACACAUUCACCGAACUCGGAGUCAAACACAACAAAUCGGCCUGGAUGAUCAGCGAGGAGGCGCAUGUCAUAUUCGAAGUGGCUAAACGACGCUGUUAUCUGAUCACCUCGACAGCCAAGCUGGUCGGUGGAUUGCCCCCAGUCGCUCAGGAUAACGACGACGAAGAUUGGGACGUGCUGGAUGAUGUGACCGGUCAGCAGGGUGACAAGAAACCGAAGUGGCUGCCUGAGGGUAUCGAGCCUGUGUUGGAAGAGCUGCCAAAGUGGAGCUUGCUUUCAGAGAUACUAUUGGAAACCGAAGGGGAGAUUAUGAAGAUGGAAGGGCCACGCCGCCCACCUGCUGCACCAGGAACCAAUGUGGUGCUUGUGAUGGCAUCCUCAACUCGAACCUGCAAUGUUCUGUCCGAGUUCCUCUCGUCCAAAGACGACGAUGCGCCCCGUGGUCAGCAUGCCCGAGUGAUGCUGAUGCGCAAGUUGCGGCUGUAUCUCUGGUGGAAACGGAAAUUGGCUGAACGAAAGCAAGACGGGCGGGCAGCCUUCGCCAUGCCGGACACCUUUGGACGCAGCGGACCGAACCAAGGCUACGAGCGGAUGUACGGGACUGGUGAAGGCGUCAGCGCAGCCCUAGAACGGAAAGACAAGGAAAGGCUGGAGCGACAGGCCAAGCGAAGGAGGGUGCGAGGCGGGGGCCCUCCUGUUGCUGAGUCAUCCCGUCCCAAGCAGCAGCAGCCUGUGUCAGUGCUGGGGACCAUUCAGUCCGAAGCGAAUGACAUUGCCGCUUUGUCAGUAGCUGUUUCCCAAGGUUGCUUGGUUUUGAUCAGUGUGCAGCUGGGCAGCUCAGAGCACGGAAGAUGUUGCGGCUGCGAUGGCCCUCGACCUCGAAGACCCAGCACUGAUCAACUUCGACUCGGCGGAUCUGGUCAACGAGUUUGACGCCCAUUAUGGUCUACUUGCUCCUCAGCAGACAGUGAUCGUGCGACCGUAUUCCGAUGAUUCCGAUGACCGGAUGCUGGCUGAAUUCCAACCGCGUUUCAUUGUCAUGUACGAGCCGAAUAUGGAUUUCAUUCGCCGGGUUGAGGUGUACCGGAGCUCGAAUCCGGGUCUCAGUGUGCGAGUCUAUCACAUGGUGUAUGCCAACUCUUGUGAAGAGCACAAAUAUCUCGCAGGAAUUCGCAAAGAGAAGAAUGCGUUCCAACGACUGAUCAAAGAGAAAGCCACAAUGAUCAUACCGAUCCACGACGAACGACUGGACGCCAAAAGCGAGGCUCUGAUCAAAACGAUCAGCACUCGAAUCGCAGGCGGCCGGCGCGAGGCACAGGAAACAACGCAACAAAUCAUUGUGGACGUGCGAGAGUUCCGGUCCUCGCUGCCGUCACUUCUGCAUGCCUCAAAGAUACUAAUAGUCCCUGCAACUUUGACUGUGGGCGAUUAUGUGUUGACUCCAGACAUUUGUGUCGAGAGAAAAAGUCUGCCGGAUCUGAUCUCCAGUUUUAAUAGCGGGCGAUUAUAUACGCAGUGCGAGCUCAUGUCUGUCCACUAUAAGCAUCCAGUGCUCUUGAUUGAGUUCGAGAGGACAAGGCAUUCUCGCUCGAGACGGUCUCAGAGAUCAAAUCCUAUGUCAAACCUACAGGAAAAUAUCCGUCCAAAGGCGACCAGGCUCCCAAAGCAGCACCCCCAUUACUCCAAUCGAAACUCGUUCUCCUCCUCCUUUCGUUCCCGCGUGUCCGAAUAAUCUGGUCGUCGUCGCCGUACGCUACGGCCGAAAUCUUUGCGGACCUCAAAGCCAAAUCCCGACAACCAGAUCUGCGCACGGCUGUUUCCAUCGGAGCCGACGACGAUCCUGAUGCGGGAGCCGGUGUGAAUGCUGCAGCCGAGGACUUGCUGCGUGCCCUGCCUGGUGUGACGGGCAAAAACAUCAACUACGUUAUGUCCAAGAUCAAAAACGUCAGGGAGCUGUGCGACAUGGAUUUGGGAAAGGUUCAGGAGAUUUUGGGUGUGGAGCCGGGCAAAGCUUGUUGGGAUUUUCUACAUCAAGGCGAGAGUGGUAGUCACAGUGCACGUGGUGUGAUAUAACGCGAUUAUUAUAUGUACGGCCUUGUUCAACACGGAGGGUAUGUGUGAUAGUUGUACU